AUGCAGCUUACGAAGUGCGUCAGGUUAGACUAUGUUCUGCUGGUCUUGCAUAGCUUGACAGCAGUGUCUACAGCGCAGUCCGUCUCGACGUUGCCGAACGGUUGUUACAUUACUUCAUCAAUCGUCUACGGGAACAUCUCCUGGUCAAGCACUGUGAGCACCACCGGCCAGAGCCAGUCAAGUAUAUCUACGAGCUCUCCGGCAACAACAUCAAGCGUUAGCAAUGGCGCAUCCUCCUCCUCCUACUCUACAAGUACGCCUCUCAAUCCCUCCAGCACAACGAGUUCCACGCUCCCGACCACAACCGCCUCGUCUCCAACCUCAGCCCCCUUCCUGAUCGCUGCCAACGGUUUCGGCAGUAAGCUGAGGGCUCGCGCACUGGACUUUGUGGCAUUCAACGGAAAUAAUGCAUAUCUCUUUCCUAACAAUGGCCUUGCCGCUGUUUUUCUCCUCACUGUGGAUGGCCGGUUGCAAGUCGGGAAUGGCAGCGUCGGCACCAACGGAAACACAGGCACAUUGCCUCUCGUGCAGCUCUCAGAUGAAAACCAGCCAAGUGGAUAUAUAUGGUCUUUCAACGGAACCAGACUGAUAUUUGGAGAUACGACGUUCUCGGCGAUUGCUGACGGACAGCUAUAUGUGGUUUUUCCUGGCAGUCAACCCCCUGAGGGAGCUGUGCAAGUUGGGAUGGUGGCUGAGUUCGUGGAUGUUUCAACAUCGAGCUCAAGUCUAUCCGCUUUGACAAGUACCAGCUCGAGUUCUCUACAGAGCACAAGCACUCGGGGGGCCAUCACGAGCACGUCUGAGCAACAGACGAGCGAGACCCUUCAACAGACGUCUGGAAGCACCUCUAUCACCAAUCAAGUCAGCUCUCUUGUCACCAGCGCAGGGACAAGUUCGUCGCCGGACACAAUAACCAUCACGACCACGACCACGACCACGACCUCGACAGUAGAAACGACGUCUGCUUCUUUACGAACCACGCGAACAACUUACACUAGCACAAGUACCUCUUCGUCAUUGGCAGGGUCGAGCUCGACAAGUCUCGUGUCUCAGUCCUCGGGCCAGAGUAAAAGCUCCAUGCCGUCUUCAACGCCGCAGUCAGCGACCUCUUCCCCUCUCCAAUCAUCUCUUUCAGCCAUAACAAGCAGCGCAACAGUUUCGAAUGGCUUCACCUCGUCGUCUUCCAGCCAGACCAGAAAUGUCCAAACUAGUGUGACAACGCCCAUGUCGAGGAUGACGAGCGUCACCACCACGGGAGGUGCUUCGUCGUCCCAACCAACUUCAACUUAUUCUUCUGUCAUAACGACGGCGUUGUCAAGUGCAACGGACUCGUCUUCGAAAAAUGUAUCUGCUAGUCAGUCCUUGAGUCUAUCAUCCAGUAUGAUGAAGUCAACAGCCACGGUAGCAAGUCAGUCCACCACCACCAGUCCAUCCAGGCAGAGUACUAUCAGCUCGGCUUUGAUUUCCUCGAUUUCUGCCAGCAGCAGCACCACCACCACCACCACAAGCAGGACGAGUUCUACAAGCCCAUAUUCGGGGUUGACAUCCAGCACCACAAGCGUCUCAACCACGAGCCCCUCUUCCUUUGGCCCAAGCACGUCGUCUUCAAAUCCCAUACCCUCCCCGUACCCAGCCAAACGAGGUCUUGUAUACACGAAUGUAACAACCCUCGACUUUUACCCCCCACCGUCCCCUUACAUUUCAUGGUCAUACGACUACUAUUCCCUGCCCAACGCGAGUGACAACGUCGGGCCGUACCCUUCAAGCCAAUACCGCUUCAUCCCCCUCCUGUACAAUGACGCCGAUUCUCUCACGUCCGUCUGGUCCGCCAACGUCAACUUUUCUAUCGCAAACUACGGCACGGACGCCAUAUUCGGGUUCAAUGAGCCCGACGCCAGCAACCCCGGCCAAUCAGCCGACAUGACGGUCGCUCAAUCGAUCCACGGCUACCAGAACUUCAUGCAACCGUUCGCCGGGCGCGUCAAGAUCGGGGCGCCUGCCGUGACCAACGCCGGCGGCGGACUGACCUACCUGGCGCAGUUCCUGGGCAACGCGACGCAGCUGAACCUGACGAUCGACUUCCUCAAUAUCCACUGGUACGCGUCGCCGUACAACAUCGACUACUUCGAGAGCUACCUCGUUCAGGCGUACAACCUGUCGCUCACCUACUUCCCCACCGCGCCCAUCCCCGUCUGGGUCACCGAGUUCGGCAUGGACCAGAACAACUACGACCAAGCCACAAUCGUGCAGUUCCUCAAGAACGCCUCCCGCUGGAUGGACGACCAACUCUGGGUCGAGCGCUAUUCCUGGUUCGGCAACUUCGCCGGCGGAUACACCAGCUCCGGCGCCCCCACGACGGACAUGCUGCUCAACGUCGACGGCAGCGGGCUUGGCGUGCUGGGCGAGGUCUGGUAUACAUAUAACGGGACGGAUUGA